GUGCGCUCCUACAACGGUGAGCUGCGCUUCCGGGUACACAACACGGGCGGCUCGCGGCCGUUCCCGGACGCCAUCCUGGCCAGCUACCCGCUGGUGCAGCUGCAGGGGAAUGACCGGCUGGUGCUCGAGCACUACCCGGACCAGCCGGCCAGCGACGGCCUGCACGCGGUCAGGUUCCACGAGACGCAAUGGCGGCGGAAGGGGGAUGCGCGCACGCCCGUCACCCGCGAGAUGUUGAUGGUGGCGCUGCAGAACACGCAGCACGUGCUGAUCCGGGCCACCGAGUCCUUGGACGUGCGGCGUGCGGAGAUAUCGGAUAUCAGCUGGGACAUAGCGGAGCCGACCUUUGGGCGGCCGGGGGCGCCGGCGCUGGGCAUAGAGCGGUGUGCCUGCCCCGGCCGAUACAACGGCUCCUCAUGCCAGGACCCGAGCAUCGGCUUCUACCGGAUCCAGCGGCACGAGUACCAGAGCAGUGAGAUCAUCAUCGAGCUCGUGGGCGAGGUGGUUCCCUGUCAGUGCAACGGCCGGGCUACCACCUGCGACCCGGAGACCGGCAUCUGCCUGAACUGCACCGGAAACACCGCCGGCCGCCGCUGCGACCUGUGCGCCCCGGGCUACUACGGCGACCCGCUGGCCGGCGCGUGUCGCCGCUGCCUCUGCCCCACCGAGGAGGUCUCCCACGCCUUCGGCUGCUCGGCAUACUACGGCUCGUUCCGCUGUCAGUGCAAGCCCGGGUACGCCGGCGAACGCUGCGACAGGUGUGCGUACGGCUACUACGGCGACGCGCGCGACCCCGCUGCCGGCUGCGUGCCCUGCGGCUGUGACCGGACGGGCAGCGUCAGCCAGCGCUGUGACCCGGUCUCCGGUCAGUGCCUGUGCCGGGCCGGCCUGCUGGGCCGCACCUGCUCCGGCUGCCCGGCUCGGCACGCGCUCACCGACAACGGCUGCCAGGAGUGCAGCGACACCUGUGUGCAGCUGCUGUUCGAGGAGGUGGACGAGUUGACGGAAGAGGUGACGACCGUCAACGUAACGCGGACCGUAGGCGCCCCCUGGCGGCGCCUGUUCCAGCUCAGCAACACGACGGAGCAAUACGAAGACGACUUCUCUGAUUACAUCCAGACGCAGCUGACGCUGAAGGCGCUGUACGACUCGCUCGAUCUCACAAACUUCGCCAACACCAUCCUGAUCAGGACGAAGGAUUUAAUGUCUACGUUCCCCGCCUUAACCAACAACACCCGUGAUCUCCGAGACCAGAUAAAGGCCAUCAAUGAGUCUGUUGAGGCGUCCAGGAAAGAGGCAGAAGAUAUCGUUGCGGAACUGCUGAGGUACGCCCGUGGCGAGACGCCGGCAGUGUCGGUGGAGCAGGCACUGGCGGACGUGCGCGCCAUCUUAGAGCUGAUGCAGAAGCGCAACUUCAGCGAGGCCCAAGAGAGGGCGGAAGCGGAGCUAGCUGCGGCCCGCCGCCUACUGGAGCGUGUUGGCGGAUUCGGCGUGAAUAGGACGGCGCAUCAGGUGGUCUCCUCGCGGCUGGAGGAGAUGCGGCGCCGCCUACUUGACAUGCAGCAGCUGAUGGAGGAGCAAGUACGCCGUCCCGUCCGGAAGGCUAAUGUGUUGCUGGAAGAGCUGAUGGACGGCCUGGAUUCGCUCUCGGCGGGCAGACAGCAGGUUCAGAGCGAGGCAGAGCAGUGUGAAGGCGUGCUGGCCAACACGACAGAGCUGCAAACGCGGCUCUAUCGUCUUUACGACCAGGCCCAGGGGCACGGCAUCGAUCUCAGCGACAUCCAGCUGGAACUGUCGCUGGCCAACGCGAGUCUGCAGAAGCGGCUGACGACGCUGGCCAACCUGACCGACGACUUCCGCGUCCGCUACGUCAUCCCUGCCGAAGUUCACGCUGACCGACUCACGACUGAGGCCGAGCGACUGGUCGGGCUGUUUCAGGCGACCCGUCAGGGGGCGAACCUGUCUCUGAACGCGGCUCAGGCGUACCAGGACAUAGUGGACGCGCUCGCCGCUGCCCGCACGGCCGCCGAGGAGGCCAGCAGCGCCGCCCAGACGGCUUACCGGCAGGCGUAUCCCGCGGACACUGAUUCCCUGGUGUCACUGGGUACGCAGACCAAGACUAGAUCGGAAGAACUGCUCAAGGCGGCUGAAGUGGUGAAGAGACAGGUGGUGGAGCUUUCAGAGAAGCUCGCAGCCAGUAGGGAGCGUCUGCAGCGAAUCAACGGGACACUCGACAAGGUCGCUGCUGUGGAUCAAGACGUCAGGCUUCAGCUGCAGACGUUGGACGAUAUCGGUGUGACGGAGGCGGCUCGUGGUGUGACGGAGGCGACUCGUGGUGUGACGGAGGCGGCUCGCGGGGCCGCCAACCGCUCGCAGGCGGCUCUGGCCGCGUCCGAGCUCGUGCUGAGCCGCCAGGCCGGCGCCGACGGCAUCGGCAACGCCUCCCGCACCGUGGAUGAGGCGCGGAAGAGCCUGACGAAGGCCGACCUCCGCGCCCUGGACGUGGAGAUGAAGGCGGCAGACGUUGAGGCCCUCAGCGACGGCGUCGGCCUCAAGCUGCAGAACCUCAAAAACAAGAUCCUGAAGGCCCGCCAAGCGGCAUCGAACGUAAGCGAUGAGGGCGGAGGUGCCAGUCAGGGCAGCUAUGCGCCAAAAUCCGCGUCUCGCUGA